AUGUCUUUCCUCUCUUCUCUGCGCCCCGGCCUGCGUUUGGCUAGUGCUCCCCAGACUGUCCGCGCCUUCAGCAGCUCCCCCGCUCACUCCAUCGCCCGCGUCAUCCUCACCGGCCGUCUCGGCGCCAACCCCGAGAUCCAUUCCACUGCCUCCGGACAAGAAGUCGUCAAGUACGUCAUCGGUACUAACCACGGUCCCCGCGAUAACCGCCAGACCAGCUGGUUCCGUAUCUCGAACUUCGCGGCUGAGGGUCCUCAACGUGAUUACGUCCUUAGCUUGCAAAAGGGAUCCCUCGUGUACUUCGAAGGCGACGCCAGAAUGAGCACCUGGCAAGACGCAGAUGGCCAGAACCGCACCACCAUGAACAUUGUGCAGCGUACGUGUACCUCCCUUUCCCACCCCAUCAGCAAGCACUGA